AUGAUCUGCAUCCUCGCGACCGCCGUUAACAGCACGGCAGCUUCCCGCGUCGGUCCCUCUCAACCUCCUGUUUUCUGCGUGCACGCCGGAUUGGGCGGGCGGCGGGCGGUCGUCGGAUCGGCGGACGCUUCUCGAGUCCCAACCCGCGAGUCUGUCACUGAGCCGCCGGAUGCGGCGACCAUAUCUCGCGAGACCCUUGAGGCGACGGUCAGAGAUGGCUCGGACGCGGUCAAGCACAUCGACCUCGAACGGCACUCGGCAGAGGCGCUCUCCGCGCCGCCCGACUUGACGGGGCGUGUGGGCACGACCAGUCCGUGGGGCGUCCAGCAUGAGUACAACCGCGGCUGUGUAAGCACUUCUGCGCCGACGCUGCUGCUUCUCCUACUCGCUGCCUGCGGUAGUGGGUUGCUGCUGCGCCUCCUCACAGCUGACGGCGGGCUCAAGUGGGCGCGGCGCUUCGGCGCAAUCGGGCUGUUGGGCACGUGCGGCGCCUGCUGGCUGCUGCUGGGGCAGCGAGCGCCGCGCUCCGGCAUCCGGGACGAGAUCAACAAGGCCAUGGACCAGGGCCGCAACGCGAGCGUCUUCAUCCCGCCGGGCGCCCGCCUUGCCUUUAGCAGCAACGUCGAGUGCAGCGGCGACCUGCACUUGAACAUGCACCUCUCGGUCCGGAGCAGCGGGGAGGGCGCAACGCUCGACGGCAAGAAGAGCUCCAACAUGUUCUACAUCUCGGGCGGCUGCAGCCUCUACCUGGAGGCACUGCACUUUGUGGACGGGCGUAGUGAUGAUAAUGGCGGUGCGGUGCGCGCUGAUGGCGCUGGCGACAUUGCGAUGAAGGACGUGUCCUUCACGGGCUGCGAGGCCAGCGGGUCCGGAGGAGGUAUGAGCGUGCACAGCAGCGGCGACGUCUCGCUGGAGGGCGCCAGCUUUAGCGAGUGCACGGCUGCCCGGUACGGAGGAGGUAUGGUCGUGGACAACAGCGGCCACGUCUCGCUGGAGGGCGCCAGCUUCAGCGAGUGCACUGCUCGCAAUCCCGGAGGAGGUAUGAACGUGUACAAAAGCGGCGACGUCUUGCUGGAGGGCGCCAGCUUCAGCGAGUGCACGGCUGCCCAGUCCGGAGGAGGUAUGAACGUGCAGAACAGCGGCGACGUCUCGCUGGAGCGCGCCAGCUUUGUCGGUUGCACGAGUGAGACAAAAGCGGCUCUUUAUCUCAAUGGCGUCGAGCGUCUCGCUCUCACCAACUCGCACUUUGUCGACAAUAUCGCGAGCCAAACCCCCGCGGCACUCUUCUUCGCCUCCGGCAUCGCUGCCACCGACUCGAUCCUCCGCAACACGACCUUCUUCCGCAACUCUGCGCCAGGAAACAUCACAAUCCUCGCCGCCUCGCCUCUAACGAUGGAGGAGGCGGGCUCGGACGCGUACUGCGCUCCCGGCUUCACCGGCCCCGAGUGCGAGCUCUGCGCCGCGGAGAACCACUACCUCGCCGACGGCGUCGAGUGCAAGGAGUGCGCUCCGCGCGGCGCGUCGGCGGCACUCAUCGCCGGCAUCGUCUUCGUCCUCUGCGCCGCGUGCGGCCUCGCGGCGUGGGCCUACAGCGAGACGGGCUGGCGGAAGAAGGCCUGCAUCGGCCCUAUCCUCCGCUUCGCGGACCGUGCCGUCUACUGGUACGUUGGCGUCGGGCUGACGGCAAAGCUGAAGAUCCUCUUCGGCUUCUAUCAGAUCUGCACUGUCUUGUCCUCCACCUACUCCGCGCGGCUGCCGGAGGAGUACACUGGCUGGACCGACCGGCUGGCCAACGCGAUGUCCAUCGACUGGUCAGGCGUCUUCCUGCCGGAGCAGUGCCUCGGCUACGGCCUGCGACUCCUCGCCAUUGCUCUCUCACCCGUCGCCCUCAUCGCACUGCUCAUGGGAACGGGAAUAGCGCUGCGGCUCCGCCGCUGGCGUGCCGCGCCGCCACCGCGCCCAACGGAAUCAUCGGGAUCGGGACCGGGAGCCGACACCGGACUCGUGGAGGCAUCGAUGUUUGAGGCAUCGACGACGUCGGUGAUGUCGGCGGUGUCGGCGAUCGCUGAAGCGAUAAACACAGACGAGUCAACGGUAUCUGCAUCGCACGCGAGGCCGUGGUACGCGGAGGCGGCCCUCGGCCUGCUCGACCUCACGCCGGCCGGCUUGGUGCUCAUCUUCUGCUUCGCCUACACCAUCUCUCCGCCGAACGAGCCCCUGGAGCAGGUCUCCUACAUGCGGCAGGACGCGAGCGUCGAGUGCGGCACCGAGGAUCACGAGUCCAUCACCGACCUCGCCAUCGGCUUCAUCGUCGUCUGGCCCGUCGGUUCGCUUGUCCUCUUCACGUCGCUCCUCGCCGCUUGCUACAAGCCGCUGCAGGCCAAGACGCCGAAUGCAAUGACGCGGGCCACCGCCUUCCUCCACCGGGAGUACGAGAAGACCUGGUACUGGUGGGAGGCGGUCGAGCUGGCGCGCAAGCUCGUGCUCACGGGCUUCGUGCUGCUGAUACCGGAGGAGCGCGCGUUUCUUCGCCUCGUGGUGGCGACCCUAGUCUGCUCAUGCUACGCCGUCGCGCUCGCCGUCGUGCGGCCGUACAAGCGGGUCGGCGAUGACGUGCUAGCCGUCGCCACAAGCCUCGUGCUCCUCCUUCUCUUCCUUGGCGCCAACUGGACUACCAUUUUCCUCGGCAUUGAGGAGCGGUACCCCGGUACAGAGGAGGCCGCCGCCAUCCUCGGGUUCGGCAAGCUGAACGGCGUCGUCAACUCGAUGCUCGUCCUCGUCGGCGUGACGCUCCUCUUCUUCCUCAUCGGCGCCGUCGUCGCCGCCCGCCGCGUCGCCAUGAUCCCCACGAUCCGGCUCGCAUCGACCAAGCAGCCCCCCGAGAUGAGCAUUGUGCUCGGCCUCACGUGGCACCUCUUCAACAGCCACAUCUGGUCGACCGGUCAAGACGCCGUAAAGGUGGAUGAUCUAAAGGAUAUUGGGGCGCUCGAGGAGUACAUCCAACGCAUCUUCACUCUGGCCUUACCGACUUCCUCCUGUCCCGCGCCACAGAACUGCCUCCGAGAGGUCCGCUCGUCGCUCGAGAAGGACAAGCCGCUCGUCCUCGUCCAAGAAGCGGACCCUGAAAAGGGAGGCGGGACGCUGCAGGCGCUGCGCGACGAGUGCCCCGAGGACCUGCAGCCCGACAUCUUUGACAAGGACUGGCCGCUCACGAUCUGGUACCGCAUCGAUGAGUUCCGGCUCAUCUCGCUCAAGAUCAUCGCCGAGGCUCCGCGCGGGCCACGGGCUACCCACAUGCUGUUGUACCUCAAUCAGAAUACCUGGCUGGAGGAGGACGGCGAGCGGCUGGCCGAGCACGUCAAGCAGGCGCGGGAAGACAAGCUGAAGAUCGUCAUGGCGCACGAGAACGACCCGGGCCUCGGCGGCUGCCAGUUCUCGAGAAUGUUUGAAGUCACGCCGCAGGAGCGGGCUCGCGGAGAGCUCAUCGCCGGCGGACUCUACAAGGACCUGGCAAAGUCGUGCUUCCCGGGGCGCCACCGGAAGGCGCCCUGCAGCAUCGCCGAGCGCGGCAGCCUCGCGGGGCGUAGCUUAGGCGGCCUCAGCCGGGUGUUCGCCAAGAUGAGCAGCCGCAGCUCUGCGGAGGCGCGAGACGUCUCUGGAGGCGAGGCGUCGUCGGUGCAGCGGCAGGAGGGUAUAGAUGCGAUUCGGCUCUAA